UUUCAAACAUCAUCAGUCUACUUCUAGCCAUUUUCUGAUUUCACAAUGACACGAGUUUGGUUUAUCACCGGAUGCUCUCGUGGCCUCGGUCUCGCCAUCGCAGAAACUGCACUCAAUGCCGGGGAAUUCGUCAUUGCCACAGCCCGAAAGCCUGAACAGCUCGCAGGCCUAACGGAGAAAUAUGGUAGCGAGAGAGUGCUGACCCUUGCACUCGACGUCAGCAACAACAACCAAGUGAUCGAAGCCGUCAAAACGGGCCAUGAAAGGUUUGGCCGUAUCGACGUCGUCGUCAACAAUGCCGGAUACGCCAACACCAUCGCUGUCGAGGACAUUGACAUCAAUGACUUCCGAGCGCAAGUCGAUGCAAACCUCUUCGGAGUGGUCUAUGUCUCGAAGGCGGUUCUACCCAUCCUCCGUCAGCAACAGUCCGGUCACAUAUUCCAGGUUUCCUCGGUUGGUGGACGGCUCGGGGUGCCAGGCCUCUCGGCCUAUCAAUGUUCGAAAUGGGCGGUUGGAGGAUUCUCCACGGUGCUCGCACAGGAAGUGGCUCCCCUCGGUAUCAAGAUUACUGUUCUUGAGCCUGGUGGUAUGAAGACGGAUUGGGCUGGGUCAUCGAUGAAGAUUUCACCCGUGAGCAAACCGUACGAAAGUACCGUGGGCCCGAUGGCCGAAAUGCGUCGGAAGAAUCUGGGGACUGAACCAUCCAUCCCGAGCAAGGUCGCAGAUAUUGUUCUUCAGCUGUCAAAUGAGGCAGAGCCUCCACUACGACUUUUGAUCGGACCUGAUGCUAUGGAAUAUGCAGGGAAGGCGGCCGAAGCUCUCGCUAAAUCCGACGCAGACUGGCGCGCUUUGAGCCUGUCUUCAACGUAGUAUUGUCUUGUUACAUUCCAUUUUUCACUACAUAGCUCUCUUGGUAUAGAAUCUUGCAGAGUGCGCUCAUUGGCAUGUUCAUCUAGGUGGUUAGCAGGGGUGUCUGACAGUCGUAUACGAAAAAUUGACUACCAUCAUACUACAAUGAACGGAAAUUGAUAUGUAAAUAGGGCAAUGUACUAAUACGGUAUAUGCACGUUUAUAAC